GAUUUUUUUUAAUAAAGAAAUGAAAAGAGAGAAGUGGAGUGUUUCCCAAUUCUCAACCUCUCAAGCAUUCCUAGGCGAAGGAUCCGACGCACAUACAAUCUCUCUUCUCGCGCAUAUACAUACAUAUAUAUAUAUUGACAGAGCUAUGAGCUCAGAAAUUCGCGGCAAAUGACCAGAACAAUUUUUAUACUACUCACUCAUAUAGUUUCCUCCGUCUCCCUCGAUCUUUUCUUCCUUCUCCAUAUUACUAGGCCAGUUAGCUGAUCUUGUUAUCUUCGGGAUUUGGUUUUUCCUCCCUUCUUCAUGUACGCCGUGUAGGUUUUGGAGCCGAUAUCGCCCCAAGUAAUGUCGAAUACUGAGCUUUACCUCGUCAAGGGCGAAGCACUGACGGAAGACAUCAUCAGCAAAGCUAAGGUUCGGGACAGACCCGCGUUGGGAUCUCAGAGCCCGGAUCGAGACUUGGAAGAUGGAGACCAGGAGGAGGAGGAACAACACGAAGAUGAAGGAGGACAGUGCAGCAAUGAAGAAGAAAUCCAAGAAAAGGACUUGUCGAAGGACUGCUGUGAAACGAGGUCUUUAGGAGGAGGAGGAGAAGGAGACGUUACCCGGCCAGUUGACAGUGAAGACGAUGGAUUUAGGACCCCGGUGUCUGCGGAUCAUACGAUCGCACCGGUUAUAAAGUGUCCGCCUGCUCCAAGGAAAUCGAAGGCGCCGGUCCCCUGGAGGAAGCGAAAAUUGCCCCCAUGUGAUGGGAGAGGUAAUGGCAUCAGCCUGGUUAUUCAUUUGUCUAAUGAAGAAGUCGAGGCAAUGUUCCCGCCUAUUCCGUUGGAGGUGCAAAAUGAGAUCAAGAAAGCUCGAAGAGAUGAUGACAGCAGUGAGUAGCGUACCGACUGCAUAUAUAUAUAUAUAUAUAUAUAUAUAUAUGCCUAUUUCAGGAUUCUGAUCUGCAGCAAUACCAAGUCAGUAUCAGUCAUGAUCUAGAUCUCUCCGACUUUAGUACAUCACACCCGGCCACCGGUGAAUAUGGUUGAUUGAUGAGAACCAAAGUCAAUCGGGCAUUGAGAAUUUUGAUCUAGGUAGGUCGCUUCCGGGCGGUGGCAUGUCAAUUUCCCUCCAUGUUUUAGGGUGCCAAUAAAGCUCGAAGCGAGAUCUGAAUUAGUCCGGAGACCGCUUCACUAUACGUACUUGGGAUUCGGACAAUCUGAGGUACAAAAUCUUACCGUUUUGUCAGAAAGACUAUGUAGAAUGAAUAAGAAGGGAUCUACUGCAUUCGGUGGACUCUAUAUGCUGAUGAAAUAAGGAUAUGUUUUGAGUUUGUGUGUAUGUAUAUAUGGCCCCAGUAGCUUUUUUCUCAGCAUUCUGUGCUUGAUACUUGAGAGCUUUUACUCGAUUGGGUAAACGAAUGAAACAUAUGUCGGAAUGAAAUGGAAUUGAAGCACCA